AUAAAAUACAGCGAGCAGAAUAUACAAACCGCAAUACCUCCACCCCAAAGUGACAUUCAACAAUGUGCUUACUUCUCUACAUGAUCCUCUACCUCGCUGGAGUAAUCCAAGCCGCACCUACUACCAAUGCAACUACUACCAGCGAGUAUUUUGAAGCACCGUCAUUCACGAAUAGAACCCUGUGGAACAUCAUCUCGAGCUCCGUUCUUACUCUUUUAGCUUGUACAUAUAGCGCUGUCCAUCCAAAUAUUCCGAGUCCUAAGGACAACCGAUUUCGUAUCCUAUGGCGGCGACUUGGCAUCAUGAUAACGGCACUAAUUGCUCCUGAGCUGAUCGUCCUAUGGGCCAUGCGCCAGUGGAUCAGCGCUCGCAAUGUUACAAAAGACUUCAAGGAAUCAGGGUAUUUCAAUGCUGCUCAGCCGCAGAAGCAGUCUGAAAAUUACACGUGGACUCAGACGCACAGCUUCUUCGUGCUGAUGGGCGGUUUCAUGCUUUAUGUAGACGGGGAACCCUACCACACACUACUGCCUCACGAGGUUCUCAUACUGAUUGGUGAAGGGUGCAUUGAUGCCCCUACCCUAACGGCAAAGCAGAUCGGCGACAAGAGCAAAGGCAAUGUGAUAUCGAAAGGAUUGAUCAUCCUUCAGGUGGCCUGGUUCAUCCUGCAGCUCAUCACCCGCGCCAUGUAUCGCCUUGAGACCACCCACCUGGAAAUAGGGACGCUUGCUUUUGCGGUUCUCAAUUUCCUGACCUGUGCGCUAUGGUGGAAUAAGCCUCUCGAUGUUCAGUGUCCAUAUCCUGUGUACCGCAAGCCGACCGAGUCAAAGCCAGAGUGUCACGUUGAUGUGUAUGUCUGCGUCUAG